AUGGCGAAACAUCAUAUGUCACUUGGAUUCAGAGUUAUUGUUGAGUUUUUGGAUAAAAUUAUACAUCCUUCAAAUCAGAUUGUAUUUUUUGAUAUUUUUUUGACAUCUCGUGAUCUGCUUGGUUUGGUGAAACAAAAAGGUUUUCGAGCUAUUGGGACUGUACGUGAGUCUAGAACAAAGAAAUGUCCGCUGAAAUCAAAUGAAAAGUUCAAAAAAGAAAACAGAGAAUUCUAUGAUCACAGAUACGAUACUGCCAAUAAAAUACUUUUAAUGAAAUGGAAUAACAACAGUGCUGUGAGUGUAGGCCCAAACUUUGAAGGUAUCGAACCAAUGCAUUCUGUUAACCGAUGGUGCUGGAAGGAAAAAGCAAAAGUGAAUGUAAAAGGGUCGAAAAUGAUCGCAAAGUACAGUUCUGGUAUGGCAGGCGUUGACCUUCAUAAUCAAGCCAUCAAUAAUAACCGAAUUACAUUUCGCAAUUUUACAAUAAUGAUAAAUUCAGUUAUCGUCAAUGCAUGGAAGUUGUAUAAAAUGGUCUACAACAGCAACAUAGACUUAUUGCAGUUUCAACCGGCUAUUCCACAGCCACAGACGGCAAUGAAAAUGGCAAUGGCAAUGGCAGACACCGCACAGCACUGGCGACGACCGACGGACGAGGAUGAUGACCACGACCAAAAGGUUACAAACUAUCCUGGACGAUCUGGCUAG